GGAGCUGCCCUUUUUGUUCUGUACCAGGCGCAAGGCCAUAUUCAAGAUCUUGAAAGAGGAAUUCAAUAUUGGGAGAGUGCCAUUUCCAUUACCCGUGAAGAUGAAGUGGAGCGCGCAGAAAGAGUUGGCAACUUGGGAGGCACGUAUUUGAAGCGUUGGGCGAGGUUGAAAGUGCCUAAAGACCUAGAAAAAGCCAUUGAACUAGGCAGAUCAGCAGUGGACAACACACACAAGGACCCGAGCCAUGAACCGAAAAUAUUAGACAGUCUGGCCUGUAUGUUGCGUGCAAGAUGCGUCGAUGCACGCGAACAUUCCAACAAAGCGGAUCUUGAAGAAGCAAUUCGGUUCUGGAAACUCGCCAUGCGUCUGGCACCGCCCGGCAGGCCAGAAAUGGGACAGUUCUACAGCAACCUCGGGACAGGGCUCGAAACUCUGUAUGAACAUACUAAAGAUGUAGAAGACCUUCGAGAAGCAAUAUUGUAUUGGAACCAAAGCGUGGGCCUGACAGAUGGUAAAAGUCCACCGAAAGUCGAUAGAGCCACUAACCUCGGGCAUGGAUAUAUUAAGCUGUUUCGCCGGACCAUGGACAGGUUCUACCAAGAAAGAGCCCUGGAUUUAUUCAUCCAAUGUCUCCACAAUUUCAACGGAACGCCCUUGGAACGCUUGCUUGCUGGUCUGAAAGCGGCAGAUGUUGCUCAAGAAAACAAAGAGUGGAACGACUGUGCAAAGUAUCUAGCGGAAUGCAUUGACCUACUGCCGGAAGUAGCGACUCCAUCCAAUUCACAGAAUGAUCUGGAGCAUGUUCUAAGUCAGCUUGCUGGACUUGGUCCCAGAGCCGCAACCGUAUACCCCCGUGCCAACAGAUCCGCAACCGAGAGUCUACAGGCGCUGGACAAAUGUCGCGCGGUCAUAGGCAGCUUGAUGAUCGACUCUAAGUCGGAUUACUCCCUUCUAAAAGAACAUCACCCUGGCCUAGCGGCUGAGUAUAAAAGUCUACGUGAAUCUAUCUCAAAGGGGACGCUCUCAUCCACUCUUCCGGGUGUCGACGCCGAUGUGGACUCUUCGAUUACCAAUCUUGCUGUAACAUCGGAAAAGCGCCUCCGAGAUAUGCAUCGGAUCAGCCAAGUUCUGAGUGAGAUUAGAGAAAAACCUGAGUUUGAACGCUUCCAACUGGCACCGAGUGAAGCCGAUCUGCUGGCUCUAGCUCAAGAUGGCCCCAUUGUUUGUUUUAACGUGACCGACUUGGCCAGCCACGCAUUCCUCGUCAACUGUGAGCGUAUCUGGGCGAUCGAACUACCUCGACUAGUUGAGAAAGAAGUAGAAAAGCAUGUUGCGACCAAGGUUCCGGGAAAUGAAACGCGUAGAGACAUCAAAUUAGCCUCCAAGCUUAAGAGUAAGACUUCCGACGAUACUAGAACAACUACUUUGGAGACGCAAUUGGCUUGGUUAUGGGACGUCGCUGUAUGCCCAGUACUCCGAGAACUUGGGCUCUGUAAGCAGGAUAAGGGUCAUGCUGCGGUACCCCAUGUGUGGUGGGUUGGCGGAGGGCCGAUGGCGUUGCUUCCUUUGCAUGCAGCGGGAAACCAUUCCUCGGGAUCGACAGACAACACGAUGAGUUAUGCCGUAUCAUCCUACGCGACAUCUUUGAAGAUGCUUCAGCACUCGCGAAUGAAAAGUUGGAGGCCACUUACUGCAGACAAGAGUAAAAUCCUGGUAGUUGCGAUGCACAAAACACCUGGUAUGGAUCAUCUGGAGUUGAAGGACGAGAUCUCUGCCAUACGAGCACUUGAAAGCCCAUCAGUGGCGGUUCAGAUCCUGGAGCACCCUCGAGUUGCAACGGUCUUAAAGAGCAUCACAGAAUGUUCCGCAGUCCACUUUGCAUGUCACGCUUCUUCGAACAACCAGGAACCGUCCAUGAGUGCUUUUCAUUUGGGUAAAGCAACGAUCGAUACGUUAUCGGUCAAGGACCUACAACCUCUUAACCACCAACUUUCCCAAGUAGCAUACCUCUCGGCCUGCUCAACUGCCGAAAUUGGUGCUCGGAGCUUGAUUGACGAGAGCAUCCAUCUGGCAAGCACGUUUCAAAUGGUGGGAUUUCGACAUGUCAUCGGAACGCUGUGGCCGGCAGAUGAUGAGGCAGCAGUCAAGAUUGCAGCAGCCUUUUACAAGAGAUUGACCGAUGGGAAAGAUGGAGACCAUUCCGUUUUAAAUGCUUUGCACUAUGCUGUACUAGGUUGGAAGGGUCAGCUGGACUGCCGCCCUGGACUGUCCUUGGAGAGAAAGAUUAGAUUCUGGGCACCGUUUAUUCAUUUGGGUCCUUGA